CCCAUACUUCGUGUCUUGUCAUUCACUGCGCACGUUAGCACAGACAGAAGCCAUGGACAUGAAGCUCGUAUUCACUGUUCUCCUCGUCGUCCUCGUCGCUCGCGUCGGCGGUCAAUCUCCCUCGUCUCCUCCUACCGUCACACCUGCGCCGCCGACUCCAACCACCACUCCGCCGCCUGCCACAGCUCCUCCUCCGGCGAACCAACCACCGCCAGUCUCCACUCCUCCUGCCACCGCUCCUCCUCCCGCUAACCCACCACCUCCGGUUUCCGCUCCUCCUCCGGCGACUCCCCCACCGGUUUCUUCUCCUCCUCCGGCGACUCCUCCACCGGUUUCUUCUCCUCCACCGGCGUCUCCCCCGCCACCAGUAUCAUCUCCCCCACCGGCGACCCCUCCUCCAGCUCCUCUCGCCUCCCCACCUGUUCAGGCCCCGGCUCCGGCGCCGACCAAGAAGCCGGAGACUCCGUCUCCGUCACCGCUUUCUACCCCGCCGGCUCCAUCGGCCGAUGCUCCCGGACCAAGUGCAGAGUCUCAGUCUCCUGGCCCCGCUGUCGGAAACAGUGACCAGAGUGGAGCUGCCAAGAUGGUUUGCAGCUUGGCCCUUGGAUCCAUGCUGCUAUGGUUGAUGAUAUGAGAGCAGAGUUUUGCACAUUCCGAUGUUCGGGUUACUCGAAUUUAUGUCGUCACAUGUUUUCAUACGAUUCUCGAGUUACCGCUAUGUGGAUUUGGAGCCGUUCGCAUGAUUAUUGUUGUUAUUGUUAUUAUUCCGACUGGAUUCUUUUGGAGAGGAACCUCUUUUAUGUGCAGAGAGAGUGAUGUUUUGGUUCCCUUCCCAUGUUUCUCUUCCUCUUUUCUAUUCCAUUAUUUGUUUUAGUUUCUUUAUUGCUUUCUU